CUGGACUUCUCUCUCUUUUUCUACAGUAACCUAGUCUGAGACAGACAGCAGUGGCAUGGAGGAGUCUGCAGAAGUGUUACUUCACACCUCUGAGGCCUCAGCCUUGUAUAAAACCUUCCUCCAGCAAACCCUUUGGUAUCUGACUCACUCUAUUCACACAGAAUGGAUCUUUCCUCUCCUCUCCUCAGCUACUUCGCACAGAACUCCUGGAGCUGCCCGAGCUCAGACUCGGAUUUCUACAACAUCUCAUCUCCCGAAGCAGUGUCUCCCACCUCCUACAUGGACUUCUCUCCCUCUGUCCAACGGCAGAGCAGUUCUUCUCCGCCUCACUCAGAACACCUAGGUGGUACCAAGGCACCCAUCUCUUGUUCUUUACAUGAGGCCAGUGGACGUUCUCAUGGAGGGACUAGAAGUACUCGCUCCAAGAACCCUAGCAAGCAAAGACAGAGUGCCAGCGAGAAGGAGAAGCACCGAAUGAGGGAUUUAACAAAAGCUCUCCAACAUCUCAGGACUUACUUACCUCCUUCUGUGGCUCCUGUCAGCCAAACCCUGACGAAGAUCGAAACUCUUCGUCUCACCAUCCGCUACAUCUCCUACUUGUCGGCUCAGUUGGGCCUCGGUGAAGAGUCUGUCUGCCAAAUGAGGGAGCUAAGAACUUCCAAAUGCCAAGAGUCAACGCAAAAUCAGGCCAAAGAGUUUUGUUGGUCCAGUUCAACAGCAGAGUACUGGGGAUUCAGAGAUGGGGUUACAGCACAUCAAGAAGAACAGCAUCAAAGCAACUUCAGGUCAGAAAACAUCUUGAGGAGAAUAGAAGUGGAACAUCGUCAAGUUUGCAUGGACAUGGAGACACCUGCUUAUGAUGACUCCUUUAACUCAAGCUCAGAAUCUCUAUUGGAAUUCCCUUUGCAUACAAAUACAGCGGUGGCAUACCAGGACUACAGCAAAGCCAUCCACUGUCCCAGCUGA